AUGGAUUCAUCAGAACGAUCAACAAUUAGAAGUGAGCAGAAAUCCAGAAAAUUCUUAAAAAGUCUAAUAAGAAAGCAGCCUCGGGACCUUCUUCUUGUAAUUGGAACGGGAGUAAGUGCUGCAGUAGCACCAGGAAUACCAGCGCUGUGUUCCUGGAGAAGCUGCAUUGAGGCUGUGAUCGAAGCAGCUGAGCAGCUGGAGGUGCUUCAUCCAGGAGACGUUGCUGAAUUUCGUAAAAAAGUAGUCAAAGAUAGAGACCUACUUGUGGUUGCACAUGAUCUCAUCAGGAAAAUGUCACCACGUACUGGGGAUACAAAGCCCAACUUCUUCCAGGAUUGCUUAAUGGAGGUGUUUGAUAAUUUAGAACAACACAUUCAGAAUCCUGUCAUUCUGCAAUCAAUCCUGAGACUCAUGGAGAGAGGCACAAUGGUUCUGACUACGAACUAUGAUAAUUUACUUGAAAUAUUUGGUCAGCAACAGGGUAAACCUAUGGAAUCUUUAGACUUGAAAGAUAAGGAUAAGGUUCUUCAGUGGGCAAGAGGGCAUAUAAAGUAUGGAGUUCUUCACAUUCACGGCUUGUAUACGGAUCCCUGUGGAAUGGUGCUAGAUCCCUCAGGAUAUAAAGAUGUUACUCAAGAUCCUGAAGUCAUGGAAGUUCUUCAAAAUUUGUAUCGAACAAAGUCUUUUUUGUUUUUGGGCUGCGGAGAGACUCUGCGUGAUCAGAUAUUCCAAGCUCUUUUUCUUUACACUGUAAAGAAUAAAGUGGAUUUAGAACAUUAUAUGUUGGUGCUUAAAGAAAAUGAAGACCACUUUUUUAAGCUCCAGGCAGAUAUGCUGCUGCACGGGAUAAAAGUAGUGUCCUAUGGGGACUGCUUUAAACAAUUCCCGGAGUACGUACAAGAUCUGACUGCUCAAAUCUGCAAGCAGAGAAGUCCAG